AUGGGCACUGUCAUCUUCUCAGCUUACGCGAAUGAGCAGCGCGAUCUGAGAUGGGUGUCUGUCUCGUUGUCUGCAGUAGCGCUGGUGCUGCUCACGAUGCGUAUGACGACCACAUGGAAGAAUCGUGGGUGGUUUGGUCUUGAAGACGCGUUUGUUAUCGCUUCUACUUGGCACUUGGACGAGAAGGACUCACCCAUACAACGAGAAGGAUUCACCCAAUUGACAGAGACCCUGCAGUACUUCUAUCUAACAGUAGUCUUCUACACCCUCACAAACGGCAUGAACAAAUUCGCCUUCCUCAUGCUCUACCACCGCGUCUUCCCCAUUUCCGGCUUCCGCAAAAUAAUCUACGUCAUGAUGGCCAUCAGCGGCCUCUGGACAGUCGCCUACCUCUUCGUCGGCAUCUUCCAGUGCAAUCCCGUCGCACGCGUCUACGACCGCACAAUCCCAGGUACAUGCAUAAACUUCGCGUGGCAUCGGUACGUCCCUUCCCCUUUGAAGAAAGGAUUAGUCCAAUUAGUGAUUGACAGCUGGACGAACGCCAUCUCCAACCUCCUCACCGACCUCAUCAUCUUCUUCCUCCCCAUGCCGCUCAUCCUCAAACUAAACAUGUCCCUCGGCAACCGCAUCGGCCUCGUCAUCCUCUUCAGCAUCGGCUUCUUCAUCUGCCUCAUCACCACCCUGCGCAUGGCGACCCUCCCGCAGACGCUCAAGCUCAAAGAACCAACGUGGGAGUCCGCGCCGACAAAUCUCUGGUCGUUCAUCGAGGCGGCUGUGGGUGUCAUUUGCGCGUGCUUGAUUAGUCUGCGGCGCACGAUUUCGAGGUUUUGGCCGCAGAAGUGGCGGAGUAAUAAGGGUACGAGCGCGGGGUAUUAUGCGCCGUAUGGAGGGGGGAGUACAGGUGGGAAGGUGUCGAGGGGGACGUUUGGGAGGGGACAGGCGGGGAGUUUUCAUAUGGAGGCGCUGAAGAGUGCGAGGAAGGAGGCGAAGGGGGACGCGGUGGUUACGUUGGUUAGUCGGAGUGAGUCGCAGGAGAGAAUAUUCGAGGGGAUCACGGUGACGAAGGAUAUCCAGGUGACGAGGGAUUAA